AGAGAGCUUCACAUCAUGUCCGGAGUUGCCUCUAAAGCUGCGCGUCUUGGCUCCAUCAACAACCCAGUAAAAUUUAAGGAUCAAGACUUUGAGAAACUGAAGGCAGAAUGCUUGGCCUCUCGCACUUUAUUUGAAGAUCCAGAAUUUCCCGCUGCUCCGGCCUCUAUGGGAUUUGACGAAUAUGGUCCAGAGUCAGAAUAUGUAAAGGGGCUCGAGUGGAAGAGGGCUUCGGCAUUAAAGAAGAACCCAGUGUUUAUCGUAGGAGGGGCAGAACGUGAAGAUGUCCAACAGGGAGAAAUGCUUGACUGUUGGCUCCUCGCCUCAGUCGCAUGUCUCACAUUGAAUCAAGAUUGCCUCUUCCGUGUGGUUCCAUCAAAUCAAUCCUUUGACAAAGACUAUGCCGGGAUCUUUUAUUUCAAGUUUUGGCAGUAUGGACAAUGGAUGGAAGUGGUAGUCGAUGACAUGCUGCCUACAAAGGAUGGUCAGCUCAUGUUUGUUAAGUCCAAUACAACUCAUGAGUUCUGGAGCGCACUUCUGGAAAAAGCCUAUGCUAAGAUCAAUAGAUCGUAUGAAGCCCUUGGUCGUGGUUAUGCUCUGGAAUCACUUGUGGAUUUCACUGGUGGGGUUGGUGAAACAUAUAGAACUGCGGAAGCUCCAGCAGAUUUGUUUCAGAGAGUCCAGAGGACACUGAUGGAAAAGAGCUUGACCGCUAGUAGCACAAAGUUUGUCCAGGGUGAAGGAGAAUCUAUUAACGAAAAUAAUGUGGUUGCAGGACAUAUGUACUCUAUAACCGGAGCAGAGGAGGUCACCUGUGAUGGAAAAGUGGUUAAAAUCAUCCGAAUGAGGAAUCCCUGGGGUGAUACUGAAUGGAACGGACCCUUUAGUGAUAAUGCCGAUGAGUGGGGGAAGGUGGAUCCCGACGUAAGAGCAAAACUCUAUGUUGAUAAGCUAGAUGGAGAAACUUGGAUGCCCUUCGAUGACUAUCUGAAAGAGUUUAAAAUAUUGGAGAUCUGUAACAUCCACCUGAGCGAGGUGUGCUGUGGUGACGACUUUAAGUGGUCCCUGACAGAAUUCAAUGGAAGCUGGAAGAAGGGAAUCAGCGAUGGAGGGAGGAAAGGUUUGGCCAGAUUUAGCAUCAACCCCCAGUACCGAAUCCAAUUGAAGGCUCAAGAUGGUGAUGCCAACAAGAAACGCACUCUCGUUGUGUCUCUGACACAGAAGGAUCGAAGGAAGAACGAUAUGAAAAUCCUUAACAUUGGCUUCUAUGUAUAUAAGGUUGCACAUUCAGACAAAAGUCCUCUGGGGAAGGAGUUCUUCAAGAAAAACAAUCCGAUUUUUGAGCAUUUUGCUUCUUACCGUGACGUAUCAGGUCAGGUUAUGCUUCCUCCAGGGGAUUAUGUCAUUGUGGCAGCAACCUAUUCUGAGUCUCAAGAAGUUGAUUUUUACCUCCGUAUUUUUACUGAAAAAUGAGACAGAGCACGUGAAUAACCACACUAUUGGCCUGAGGAUAGAUCCACAGAUACAAUGAUAAGAAAGAAAAGAUGCUUGGCCUCAUCCUUUAAUCAGCACAUUCUCAAUAGAUUCCUAUUAUAUCGUUUAUAUGCGUAAAUGUUGAUUAUUUCAAUACAAUUUGCUCUGAAAUGCAGAAUCUCCUCUUGUGUGAACUGAAUGUCUCGACAUAAUUUGGGGUUGGAUAGCUUUGUA